AAAGCACAUACUAGUACUAGGAUCACAUAAAACGCAGAAACUCUGCAAACCCACCAGCAACCUAACCUCGCACACACUCUAAAGAUCCUACCAGCAAGGUGUCAAACAUCUUGGUCGGCACUCGGCACCCAUAGCGCGUCAAAGCGUCAAUUCGAAAACGCUUAGAAAACAGCGGGCACUCGGGCUCCUCAUUAACCCAGAAAAUGGUAGCCGACAGGUGCCGAAUGCCCGCAAAGAUUUACGAUUAGGUGAAAUGGCUCAUCGAGGAGACAUUGGUACCGCGGCUGCACCAGUGAAAGACGAAAGAAACUUGUAUGAGAGAUAUAUUAGCCGGGCUGGUGGGUGCGCGGCCAGUGGCUCUAAAACCGCCGUUGAAAUCGCACGCCCGUACAACGCGCGGUCGAUCUUGCGUUCGAAUUUCGAACUUCGAAAUUUUUUUUCGUGUGCUGUGGUUUUUCGGAGGCCUGUGUUUUUGGAACAGUUUUGAACUCCAACAUGGACGACUGAGUCGCCGCAGCGACAGUGAAUCGAAUAAGUGAACGAAAUAUACAGUGAUACUUUAUUUAAUUGACAAGUGACACCCAAUAUGGCUUUCGCGGCAAAUUUUAUAGUGUCAGCAGGCUUCGUUAUCAUUGCGGCAUCGUGGAUUGAUGCCGCCCGCGACGCGUCAUGCCCACGGAUCUGCGGGCCCGCGCUGCAAGGAGAGCCAGUGUGUGCCACCGAUGGAUACAUCUACCCUUCGCUCUGCGAGAUGCGGAAGAAGACUUGUGGGAAAGGUGUCCGACUAGCUCCGGAACAAGGGUCCUGCUCCCGCGCCCAAGGGUCCAAGUGUGACCACCGCUGCACGUCCGAACGGGACCCGGUGUGCGGCACUGAUGGAAGAACCUACCUCAAUCGGUGCAUGCUACAGGUGGAGAUAUGCAGGGUUGGCACCGGCCUGUCUCAUUUAGGCGCCUGCAACAACAUCAGCGCGCAUCGCGAGAACUGUCCCGUUGACUGCUCCCAAGCUCCACUGGACGGGCCCAUCUGCGGCUCUGACGGAAAUGUGUACAAGAGCACUUGUCAGAUGAAACUGCUGACGUGCGGACAAGGAGUUGUGCGAACGAGCAAGAAACACUGUCAAACGACGCGACACUGCCGCGAGUCGUGCUGGCGCGUCGCGCGACCGACCUGCGGCUCCGAUGGCAAACUAUACGCCAACGCUUGCAGAAUGAAGGCCACUAACUGUGGAAAGCACGUGUUCGAAGUGCCGAUGGCGUUCUGCGUGUCACAGGAGCGUACGUCGGGCGGCGAAGCCUGCGCCACCGACUGCUCGGGUCAGAAGGAGAAGCUUGUGUGCGGCUCCGACGAGAACGUGUAUAGGAACGAGUGCGAGAUGAAGAUGCUUAACUGCGGAGUGAGCAACAGGAAGAUAGUGAAGAAGGUGGACAUGGAUAAAUGCCGAGCGAAGAUGAACAAAUGCCUGAAGGUCAAGUGCCCCAGCGAGUCUGACCCCGUAUGCGGUACUGACGCCAACGUCUACGCCAACCCUUGCCACCUCAAGGUCGCCACUUGCCUCAAAGGAGUUCAGCUGGCACACUUCGGUAACUGCACGUUGCUGCCGCGACUCGAGAUUGACUGCCCGGAGAGCUGUGACAACGCCGUGGAGCAGCCUGUCUGUGGAUCCGACGGAAACGUUUACAAGUCGGAAUGUGAGCUCCGCCGCCUCACCUGCGGCCAGCAUGUGGUAACCGUGUCGGCCUCGCACUGCCGCACCACCGCGCUCUGCCACGAAUCCUGUCCCGACACACCGGCGUUCGUCUGCGGCUCCGAUAACCGCUUCUACAAGAACGAGUGUAUCAUGAAGAAGGAGAACUGCGGCAAGCACGUCUUCGUGGUGCCGCUGAAACGCUGCCUGGCCCGCUUCCAGUACUCCGGCUGUGCGCGAGUGUGCCCGCCAGAGUAUGAUCCCGUGUGCGGCACUGAUGACAAGACUUACUCCAACAAGUGCUUCCUUGAGAUGGAGAAUUGCCGGUCUAGGAGUUUGGUGUCAUUAAAAUACCUGGGCACGUGCAGCGAACCUAUCGCCGAGGAGCCGAAGAACUACCUUUAUCGAUAGAAUCUAUCGAAAUCGAAUCACCAGUCAUAUCGACAUUUCUUCCAAUCCAUAUCGUCACUGGAAUCCAUUUUACAUUAGUGCCAACUUAUUUAAGUAAAAUCAUACCUUUGGUGGAAGACUAUGUUCAGUAUAAGAAGUAUUUUUUCUAACCAAGGGUGUAAAAUGUUUAUUCGGUUAAGCUUAAAAGUUGCAUGUUUCUAGAUUGAAACCGAAACUCAUUCCUAAUUAGAAUUAGAAUAAAGCAAUUAUGAUUGUUUUUAGAAGGGGGCAAAGUUGUUGUUGAACUUCUCGUGCUAAUAGUGAUACUCGAGCAAGCGAAAGGUUCCCAAAUUUAACUACGAGCGUAGCGAGUGGUUCGAAAAAUGGAAUCUUGAGCGUUGCGAGGGUUUCAAAGUACGAGGAUUAAACAAUUUUUUUCGAAAAAUGGAGAGUUGAACGUUUCGAGGGUUUUAAAUUGAAACCAUGACGGUUGAACAGAACUUUGCUACCGAGUGAAAGACAAUUUUUUCACCACACCAACGAGAGGAAAAUAAUUACUGUUAAACAUUACUAAUCAAAUCCAAAUGAACGCUCUUAUAUAUUUAUAUUAUUUAAAACCAUCAAACUGAUCAACUCAAAAUUAGCAUCAAUUCUCAGUCAAUUUUCUUUGCAACUCUUAUGGAUAAAACGCAAUUGUCUCAUUAGUUUUUCAAGAAUAAUGAUAGCUUUUACGAGCUGGUGUAGUGAAAACAAUUCUUCUGUUCGGAAAGAGGAUUCAAUUAUAUUUAUACAUGUGACUUUUUAAUAAGCUUAACUUAAUAACGACCAACUCAAUAAAAUUCGUCUUCCAUUUUAUCGUGUUUAAUAUCUUUAGAUUUCAAUAUAAAAUAAAUAAGUACAAAAAUAUUCAGCGCAUGCCCCACUAACGCCUGCGUAAUUUUGACGUAGGUAUACAUAUUUAAAAAAGAUUUACAUUUUCAAAUUAUCAGUUUUUAUCUUUUAAGUGAACGUAAUAUUAAGAACUGAGUUUGGACUGUUUAAUUUAUUUUUCUAUUUAUUAUCUAAUCGUAGUUUAAGGUUUUGUAAAUAUUUAGUGAAUUCUUUAACAAUUAUUUAUUUUAUUUAUAAAUUACUUUAUCGCUGCAUUUAAAAAAAAACUACUUUUACACACAUUUUAUUAAUUUUAUGGAAAACCAUUGAAGACAGAAGUGGAUAUCAAGAUAAGAUACCUAAUUUGUAAGAAUAAUACGUACUACAAACUUACCACAACAGUUUUAUCAAGAAACAAAUGAAAAAAAUAUUCCGUAAACUAAAAAUGAAGGCAUCCCAGCACCUCCACCAUAUGUAUAGUUCAGUUGACCGCAAGAAAAAAAUUUUUUUUUCUUUGAUAAAGGAGUUUGCUAAUUUUAAAAUCGUAAAUAAAUCGUUGACCCUAUUAUCUGUUACUAUUUUAAGAAAAUUAUUUCUUUAUUUUGGAACAAUAAUACUUUCGAACCAGCCUAAUAUAUUUUGAAUGUGCAAAGACUUUAAAUAAUAAUAAUUAACACUGCCAUAGCUGUGUUUGUUCGUGAAGUUAAUGUUGUUUACUGUAAAAUUGUAACAAUUAGUGGUUCUACUAAAAUGCUUAUCUAAUUAAUACUCUGUAUACGCUCAAGUUUUACCUACUGUUUAAAUAACAAGCGAUUAUUAAAUUAAAACAAU